UGUGUUGUCCCCGAAAAUGCAGUAAACGAGGAUUGCAUUGGAAGCCGCACCUGCAGCGGGAACCGAUGCAUCGAUCCGUGUACCUACGCCUGCGGCACAAACGCGCUCUGCCAGACGAUCAACCACAUACCGGUGUGCAACUGUCCUCCAGGUCACACGGGCAAUCCUCUGCACGAUUGCGUCUACGACCCUGAGGCGCCGUGCAAGAGCCCAAAUCCUUGUGGGGCCAACACCAAGUGCGAAGUCAAGAACGGCGUGGCGGUGUGCUCUUGUUUGUCGGGAUACCGAGAACGUCCUCUCGAGGGCUGCCGUCACGAGUGCGAGUCCGACUUUGACUGUCCCCAGCACCAGCACUGCUCGAAGGACUUUCGCUGCGAGAGCCCGUGCGCCUCCGUAUGCGCCGAGAGCGCCGAGUGCAACGUCAUCAACCACCGAGCCAACUGUGCCUGUCCCAAGAAUUGGCUGGGUAACCCGCUCAUAUCCUGCCAGCCCGAGUGCACCCAGCACUCCAACUGUCCUGCCGGCAAGCCUGCCUGCCUCUAUCAGAAAUGCGUCGAUCCUUGCGAGGGCACCUGCGGCACCAACGCCAAUUGCGAGCUCCGCGACGUAACGCCCGUCUGCAGUUGUCCCAGGGACAAAACUGGCGACCCCUUCGUUUUCUGUCGGCCCUUCACCGAUGAGGACCUGUGCAGCGGGAAUCCGUGCGGUGCCAACGCCGAGUGCCGACCGGGCCAUGACAACACGGGUAAGAAGCGCCCGGUGUGCAGGUGUCCCCACGGCUAUGUUGGAAACGCGCUAAUCAGCUGUAAGAGGGGCGAGUGCUUGUCCAACAACGAGUGCCCGGACAAUCAGGCGUGCAUCAACUUUGCCUGUCAGAACCCGUGCACGGGCCGUGAGUGCGGUUUAAAUGCCAAUUGUACACCUAGAAGACACAUUGCAGUGUGCCAGUGCGCCGAGGGUUACCCCGAGGGGACGCACUCUUCUCCUGCAAUCCCAUCGAGGGUGGCCGUGCAGCCAACUACUACGGUCGCUACGCGCGCUACUGAUUCUUAUUUUUAUUCCGAUGUUCGGAAUAUGUACUAUUGGUAUAAAUAG